AUGAGCCAAGAAAACACCCCCGACGGCUCCUCUACGCCCACUGUGGAGCCCACUAGAUUGUUCAGAAGCCCUGUGGUUAAGCCUAGUUCAAAGAAGGCCCAUGAGUUGGAAGAAAUGCAGGAAUGCAACCUCGAAAAGCUAGUUGAAUACGUCCGUGCCGCAAUUGAGAAACCAUUCUGUUUUGACCUUAUCAACAAACCUGGACGCAGAACAACUUGCACAUGUCUACAGGAUCUCGGAGAACAGAUUGACGAUGAAGAGGUAGGUCUAGAGGCCUGUGCCAAGUCGCUGUUCCUAUUCUGCAAGCUGGAUUAUGCUGAAAGAAAGCGAAUGGUCAAGGAAUGGAUUCGCUCUGGCUUGGCGGCACAGCUGAUGUUUCAAGGAAUGCAGAGGGAAACUACAACCCGAGUGUUCCUUCUACCUGGUUCAACAACAAGAUUGAUUUGCAGGAAUGCGCUGUGCCAGUUCAUUGGCUAUGGACAGAAGUCUUGGAAGGGUGUUGUCAAGUUGGUGAAAUCAGGGGACGAUCCUGUUCAUGGCUUAAAGAACAAAGUCGGCAACAAACUUAACAGCAAGUCGAUGGAUCUCUUCCAUGUUUUCUUCACUUCAAUGAAAGAACACGCCCUUCCCCGUGCAACCAAGAUUGUCAGGACAGAAAUGGUGGAUGGUGUUAACACUUUGGUUGAGCUUAGGGAAGAAGAGAAAGACAUUGUGGAAUUGCAUCGUCCAUGA